UCCCCCAAUGGGCAAUUGCAAUGGUUGCACCAUAUGAACGCGUUUGCCUAAUGCACUGCUGGUUGGUGCUGCCCCUGGGUCUUGAGGGUUAAAUUGACAAUGCUUCACGACGCUGCUCCUCGUUGGCAAAGGUUGAGUGGCACUGACCUGCAAUGCAACUAACUGUGCUGCACUGCUAUAGCCUUUACAGCCAGUGAGCACGGUGUUUGCCUAUCUUUGCUAUACACAACCCUGCUCCGCUUCCGAGAUUGGGUGCAUUGCCCGAGUGAUUUGGUCAUGUGCCAAGUAACACUCAUUCACAUACUUGACACGUGGCUCAAACGAUGACUUAUUUAAGUACGUGGGUUUUUGUACGAUCACCUGUUGUGCUCCUGCUGUUAGAGAUCGCCACGUGCUCUGGUCAGAGCAGGAACUUCCCAUGCAACUCUGUGCAGAGUGUGCUGAGCGCGGACGUCUGUGCACAGAGUGGCUGCUGCUACGACACCACUCUACGCCGCUGCUUCUACAGUGAAGCUGUGUGCACCACAGAUGGGCGCUUUGUCGUGCCUGUGUCUCGGAACCUAACGUCUCCACCGCUGGACUUGAGCACCGUGCACCUGACUGGCGGUAGCGGUGCGCAGUGCAGCCCUGUGCUGGUGUCUGCAGACCUUGCAGUCUUUGAUGUACCCAUGGCAGCGUGUGGUGCCACUGUGCAGUGGAGUGGGCAAGAGCUCGUGUACGAGUUACUGUUGGCCUCUGAGCGGGAGCUCUGCGUCGAUGGAAACGUCGCAAUCACCAAGUCGUCCACAUACAAGAUGGUUCUUCAAUGCCGCUUCCUUGGAAGUGGCGACCUGCAGCUUGGAGUGCAGGUGAGCACUCUCCCACCACCACCUCCAGCCACUGCCACUGGACCCCUCUCCCUGCUGCUCCAGGUCUUCACUGACAACUCCUACACCACGCCGUACCAGCCAUGGCAGUACCCACUGGUGAAGCUUCUGGGCACGCCGCUCUACGUGCAGGCGUCACUGCUGCACCGCUCUGACCCCACGCUGGCGCUCUUCCUGAAGGACUGCUGGGCCACGCCCACGGCAGAUGACGCCGACCCCACGCAGUGGAAGCUUGUGGCGGAUGGCUGCCCCGUGCAGUCUCCUUGUUGCAGUGUCUCCUUCCCUGGUGUCGCUGACCUGCCGCUGCCUUCUCACUACAAGCGCCUGGCGCUCCAGGCCUUCGUCUUCAUGAACUCUGACCGCAGCACCACCCGUGACCUCGUUUAUCUACACUGCUCUAUCGUGGUGUGCGACAGCUCCAGCCCCAACUUUGUCACCGAGUGCAAUCGGCAGUGUGGGCAGACCAGGCGCUACAAGCGCAACACCGUCUCUGACGCUUCAAGCGUGGUAGGAAAGCACGUGGUGUCACUGCAGGGCCCCGUGCUCUUUGAAGAAGCUCAUGUUAACGAUGCAGCUCUGCUGUUGCUGGAGACUCCCUCCUCAUCAUGGGCCUCGGCUGGGACUCUGUCCUUUCUCCUCGUCAUUGCCACAGCCGUCGUUGCUCUCCUGUCUGCUGCCAUUGCCGUCAGGAGGCACAGGAGCCGGGCUGUGGCGCUUGACGGGAGUGGCUAUUGAUCACGACUAUUUGUGAUUUGCUGGAACUUGCAUGUCUUGCUGACCAUUGUGGUCUAAUAAAAUAAAAUGCUGAAAUUCGC